CUCAAAAGGAAAGGGGAAACAACAAGCUCCCAACUUUCUCUGUGGGAGCAUGCAGGGGGAAAAAAUCCCCAUCUUUUGCCUCCUUGCCGUGAACGAAUUCCGACCCCAUCUCUUCCUCCUCGGGUCUUAAUUCUCGAGACCCGCGGUGCCGCGAUGCCGGUAGGUGGAUUCCCGUUGCGGGUUUCGUUAGAUCUGCUGGUGUCUCGAUUCUAGCUGGGUCAUCUGAGCUGCUUGUUGGGUCGUCCGCGAGAGGAGGGGGAGGGAGAAAGGUGUGGAAGAAUUUGUUGUUUCCUCUUGUUGCCCUUUUCCCUUGUUUGAGCCUUGCUUGAAUUUGUGAUGUUAUCUCGUUUGGAGUGCUUUCUUGGGUCUUGAAGAGUCGAAAGGGCGUGGUUCUCGCCGUCCUGGAGUAGAAAGGGAGGAUGCUCUGCUGGGUUUUCCUGAUGUGGGAAAAGUGGAUUAGGGGGGCUUUGCUUGCUGAUUUGAUUGAGGUUGGGGUCAGUUGUGUGAGACUUUUGUAGCUAGGAUGGCUUGGUGAUUCUGUUCCGCACGAGGUCAAGCUGGCUUAAAGUGAUCUUUGUAGAUGGAGAAGGUACUUUUCCCAUCUGGAUCGGAGUAGCUUUUUUCUCCGUAUUUGGAGCUGGAUUUGUGAAACUUGAAGCUUCGGGGGUGGGCUGUCUGGUGGAUAGAAUUAGUCUCCUUUUUCAGAUCAUCAUCAAAGGAGUCGUGAGUGUCCUACUGGCCGUGGCGCACCGGGAAGAGCUUCUCUUGUCAUCUCAACUAUGAUUAAUAAGAUAUUGAAUAGGCUGCCAAAGAAGCCAUCUAAGUCUGCGGAUAAUCGUGAAGGUGGGGGAACCUCUACGUCCUCGUACGGUGCUUCUACAAUUUCAAGAAGCAAUGAUGUAGCCGGUAGCCAAUACGGGAAUUCGAGCGGAUCUUCUCUUCCAGGCGUUAAUUCCAAUUCGGGAUUGGGGUUGAACUAUGGAAGUAAGCUCCCUCAGGUUUCAAACUCUAAGCUGAAUGGCACGUUUUCAGCAUCUUCCUACGAGCCUCUGCCUAGUUUUAAAGAUGUCCCCAACUCAGAGAAGCAAAAUUGGUUUAUCAGAAAGUUAAAUAUGUGUUGUGUGAAUUUUGAUUUUACUGAUCCGACAAAGAAUAUCAAGGAAAAAGAAAUUAAGCGGCAGACCUUGGUGGAGCUGGUGGAUUAUGUUACUUCUGCAAAUGGAAAAUUCCCUGAAGUCGUGAUGCAAGAAACCAUAAAAAUGGUGUCAAUAAAUCUGUUCAGGACAUUAACUUCUCCUCCACGUGAGAACAAAGUCCUGGAGGCCUUCGAUUUGGAGGAAGAGGAACCUUCGAUGGAUCCUGCUUGGCCUCACUUGCAAAUUGUGUAUGAAUUCCUUCUCAGAUUUGUGGCAUCGUCAGAAACUGAUGCCAAGCUGGCCAAGAGGUAUGUUGACCACUCUUUUGUUCUCAGGCUAUUGGAUCUUUUUGACUCCGAGGACCCGAGAGAAAGAGAGUACUUGAAAACUAUUCUUCAUCGCAUCUAUGGGAAAUUUAUGGUGCACCGACCAUUUAUCCGGAAAGCCAUCAACAACAUCUUUUUUCGCUUUAUAUUUGAAACUGAGAAGCAUAAUGGAAUUGCUGAACUAUUGGAGAUUUUGGGAAGCAUUAUCAAUGGUUUUGCUCUGCCACUGAAAGAAGAGCAUAAGCUCUUUCUUGUUAGAGCACUCAUUCCACUUCACAAACCAAAAUGUAUUCCGAUGUAUCACCAGCAGCUAUCCUACUGCAUUACACAAUUUGUGGAGAAAGAUUGCAAGCUCGCUGAUACUGUUAUAAGGGGUUUGCUAAGGUAUUGGCCAAUUACAAAUAGUUCGAAGGAAGUCAUGUUUCUUGGAGAGCUGGAGGAAGUUUUAGAAGCAACUCAAGCCCCAGAAUUUCAGCGCUGUAUGGUUCCUUUGUUUCGUCGGAUAGCACACUGCUUAAGCAGCUCACAUUUUCAGGUUGCAGAGAGGGCUCUUUUCUUAUGGAACAACGAUCACAUUGAGAAUCUAAUAAAGCAAAAUCGCAAAGUGAUACUGCCGAUUAUUUUCCCUGCCUUGGAAAGGAACGCUAGAAGCCACUGGAAUCAAGCAGUACAGAGCUUGACUCUGAAUGUGCGCAAGAUCUACUCUGAUGUUGACCCAGAGCUCUUUGAGGAGUGUCUGGUCAAAUUCCAGGAAGAUGAGGUGCAAGAAAAGGACGUCAAGUUGCAGCGCGAAGCCACGUGGAAGCGACUAGAAGAAAUCGCUGCAAUGAAAGCUGCCAGUAAUGAACCUGUGCUUGUGCCCCGCAGAUUGGCACAUGCACCUUCUGGCUAAAAUGGUCCACGAUCUCUUCAAAGUUUCCGAUGCAAGCUAUUUCUGAUCCUUGUGCGAGCCCCCUCCGUUUGGUCCCUGCAGCUUAACGCAUGGAAUAUUCCAGUGCUGUUGCUUAAUGCAUGGAUUCAGCAGUUCACAGUCCUCCUCUACAUGCAAUUUUGGCCGUCACUUAUGGCCGUCAGAUGAGGUGCGCAAGAUGCCUCAUUUUGAGCUUUGUAUGCAGUUGCUGUACAUACCAAAUUUGGGUGGCCAGGACAAACGGGCUCACAUGUUUGUGUGGCGCACCGGUUAAUAGUACUGGUAAGCUUGCUUCUUUUCCUCUCUUAAAGCUGUUAUUAAAGAUGGCGAUAGAUAGCGUGUCGGAGAUGAUUGCUUGUAUGUUGUUAAAUUUGGUUCAUUGGAGAUUGGUCGUUCUCCGCUCAAUUUUAUGCCUCCCUAAAGUUGUUGAGUUCGAGAUGGGAUUGUUGGUUGCUUCCAUGUUUAUGUAUGAAGAAGCUUGGUUAUUAUUUUUGGUGA